AUUGAAUCAAAUUUCUCUUUUUAUUUUCUUAUCCAACUUGCAUUACAGUGUCACAGCGACUUAAAUUUUAAAAUUUGGAGACAAACGGGACGAUUUCGAAAGCGAAGGACCUGCCAUGGAGAUCACUGAUUCGGUUCUUAAACUUCUUCUACAAUUGGUCUCGUCAGCGUUUCAAAGAUGCAGAUUAGCAGAAGAUCUCUGUAGAUUAUCAGUUCUUCUUGAUCAAUCUACAGGAAACGACCCUCCGAUUACAUGUAUUUCGAUUUCGGAUACGGGUAUUGGAUGCAAUUUGAAGGAAUUUCAGGAUCUUAGGUGCCCUAGAGAAUUCAAUGGAGCGAAGUUUUGGGCGAUUCUGACUAUGGCAUAUUGUGACGCAGAUGGGUUACUCUCCGUCAAGACGACUUGCUUCUCUGACGAUGAGGUAUACUGUUAUCAUAUAAAUCUUGAUGAGAGUAUAUCAAACAAAAGACAGAAAAGGCAAGCUUCUCAGGCUAAGAAUGGUGCAAAUUUUAGUGGGACGGAAGUAUCCCUGAGCGUCUUUGGAAGUAUGGAUGUUCUUGUGGCACCGAUAACUAGCUUCUUUCAAAAGAUGCUUGUUCUGCAGAUACCUAAUGUCACAAUGGAUCUCAUAGUUAAUCAAGUGGAGAAUUCUCCAGGUACUCAAACGCAUUACGUCUUUGUAGUAAACGCUGAGAAAACUCCUUGCUUCACUGCCUCCAAUCUUGAACGAUUGAAGUCGGGUCUUGAGGACUAUGUCUUAAGGCAUCGGAACUGUUUGGAUAUAAUGUGUGAACAUUGCUUCUCUGAUAGAGAGCAUCUAAAAGUUGGAAGCGGAACAGCAUGCUCUGAAGAAAAUCGUAAGAAAACUGGUGGGACAAUGGAAGUGGUGAUUGUAAUAAGUGACUUAUUAGAGACAACUCGCAGUUGCAGCAGAUCAUGUGACGGCAAAACAGAGGUUUUAUACUUUGACAAUUUCUCACCUUCCCCUAUUCCACAAGCUGCCUUGAGUGCAUUGAAAAAGAUUGACUGGAAAAGUUACGGCUUGGUCCUGGCGAGUGUGAAUGAUCAAGAUGGACAUGUGUUUCUCGAAUGGGAAAAUUUCCCUUCGUACGUUCAAAUACAAAUCGUCCUGCAUUGGUAUCACAAUCAAUAUCCAACAAGACAGAGGACUGAGCCUGGUAUAAAUCUUGUGAAGAAAGGAAUUAAAAACUCGCUGAAUGAUUUAAAGGCUAAACAUGAGGGGUUUCUUCUAAGCUCACAUGCUCGUAAGAUUUGCAGCUAUGUCCCUGACCUUGCAAGAUCAAUAGCAGGCCUAAUAUUCUCCUCCACUGACAUUGACUUCCAAGGAGAUUGCUUAUCUGUUCUUGGAUUUCAACCUCAAGAAGCUGAACGUGAUGCUGUUGAAGACUAUAUCCAGAGAAAGAUCGUGACGGUUAUAGGAAUGAAUGAGAGGAAACCCCAGAAAGACCAAGAAGCUGCUGCUUCUUUUCUGUUUUUUGAAGGCGACUCUGAGACAUCAUAUUUUGAAGAUGAGGAAAUAGAAUGUGAGUAUUACUCUACCACGCUGGAAUGAUAACGGUAUACAUUAUGUGAUAUAUGUGUAUCUCUUAUAGCUUCAGAUGUUUCCACCACGGGAUGAGAAUGUUACCUCAUGGUUUAGAACAUACAUUCUUCACAGAAACCUUACUUCAUCUAUGUUAAAAAGUAUUGUUAUGUUCUUGAGAUAGAAGUUUGUCCAAAGCAAAUAACACAUUUUUGCAUCAUUUACUUUUCUGUUUGUUUUCAAUCAGGUUUCGAUCAAGGACAUUCCCUGCAUUGAUGCUAUAAAAACUACUGGCUUAACAAGAUCAUUCAAAAAUUGUCAAAGUAAAGUUGUUUUACAUGAUAUAGUGACUACAUGUGUGAUUUUACAUAACAUGAUAAGAUAAUUGAGGAUGAACG